ACAGCUUGGAAAUGUUUGGGACAAGUGUUCGUUCUGCUAAUUGCUUUUUACUCAUUGGUUUAACCAUACAAAUAUAGAAAUUUCAAUUCCAUUCUAAUUAAGUGACCCUCUUAUGACCUCUAUAUCUAGGAUUAAAUAAUUUUGAUAAUUAUUUUGUUAAUCAGUUUCACCCCAGAUUAAGAACCAUUUGGUAUUCCUUUUUUUAAAUCAUGUCUAUACCACUUAAUUUAUCUGACUUGUUCAACAGUUACAAGUCUUGGGUUAGCAAAAAUCCCCAAAUUACAACAGACUUUGAGACAACAGCUAGAUGGCUUUCAUAUUUUAUAGCAGGGCGGAUAAAUAGUUCACACAUUGUCUCUGAGUUAGUAUACUGCUUAUCCAACUUAUUGAUACUGUACAAUGACAGAAUAAUAUCUGAAUUGAGACAAUUAAACACGUUCAAAUCUGGAGAAAAACUCAAAUUAUAUUUGACUGUUUUAGAAUACUCAGAAGUAUUCUUGGAACUAUCGGCUCAGAAAAAAUGGGGUGAAAAGGGCAGAUGGCUUGUUAUCUGUGUAAUACAGCUUUUUAAGUGCAUAUCCAAAUUGAUUUUGGUACAUCAUUAUAAGGAACCAUUGAUUCAGUAUCCAGUGAUACCUGUUUUAGAGAGAAAAAAAUUGAACCAAGUGAAUGAUGGUGGAAGUAUUACUGUUUCAGAAAUAUGUCAGCAGGGAUCUGUAUCAUUCAAAUUGAAACGUUCAGGAAGACUUAUAAGAAAGGUUGAAGCUUCACCACCUGUCAAUCUUCGUUCUUGGAAACCUUUACCAAAGGAAAUCAACUAUGAUUCAGAAAACUUAGAAAAUGUGGAGCAAGCAUUACUCGAUCGAAUGUUAGCUGCUGAAACAAUUUAUUUAGUCAAACCUGUUGCACAUCUAGGGUCAAUGAUCUACUUUGGAGAAAAAAGUUGGACACCUUACAUUCUUGCUUUGAUGUUUGACUUAUGCAGUUUGCAGCUGUAUCAUUCUUGCGAUAAAACCAAGAGCAAUACCCUGUCUGUAAGGCAGAAAGUGAUACUCUCUAAAAGGACUACAUAUUUGAUGCUUUAUCUCAUACGCUCACCAUUUUUCAAUAAAUAUAGUAGAGAUAAGAUAAAUAAACUACUAAAUGGUCUAGGAAGUAAUGUACCCUUUGCUUCUCUUAUAUGUAACCAGUUGAUAAAGUAUUUGCCUUUUUAUCAGAGCAACUAUUUCUACAUGUGGAGCUCUUAAAAUUUUUCAUAUAUAAAAUGGGUCUAGGGAAGAAUAGUUAAGUGAUAUUUCUUUUAUUGUGGAUUGGACACAGAUUUUUCAUGUUUGUACUCAUAUUGGUGCAAUGGUAAAUAUAUUUAUACAUGGGAUAUUCUUAA